GGAGAAGAGAGUAUUUUAGCUACUGUGUAACAACAAAGAAGUAUCGUUUGCUUUUGUGUGGCCGUACUUUGUAACUUGUCUUUCGAUAAACCCCCCCAGUCGCCAAUCAUCCUGGUUUGCGGAGUACGGAGUCCCAAAAAAAUCCCCCUUUACACCGUACAUUUCCCCGGAUUCGACUUUUGAAGAAACCCUUUCGUCGAGCCCAUCUGCUUUUUCUUCGAGUGCGCGCACGUAUCCUACUCCGUGCUAUACGAGUCUUUUUCUCUCUCUCGAGAACGUAGGCUGGCCUUGGGAGAGAGGAAAAACUGUACCGACAAAGCGGCCAAACCAUGCCUACCACUCAACUCGUGGUGACGACUCUACAAGCGACUGCACUGUCUGCUGCUUCGAAUAUACUGGCACAAUUACUGAAAGCUUAUCGAGAGAAUCUUUCCUUCACCAUUUCCUUCCGUCCACUUUUCCACUUUGUCGUCUUCACCCUCAUAUCUUGUCCGCCAAAUAUAUUAUGGCAGGAUUUCCUCGAGGAUCGAUUCCCGGGUUACACCUCGACCAACAUCGGCGACGGCGGCGCCUCUCCCUCUUCUUCCGACAAGAUCAUCCUCGAUAGGUCCAAUACCGCACGCAAACUUUUGUUCGAUCAGACUUUGGGUGCUUUCGUCAACACGAUAGCAUUUAUAGCAGCCAUGGCGGCGUUCAAGGGAAAGACUGCAAAAGCUGUACAAAAGCAGGUUGAAAGGGACACGAUACCUCUGAUGAUCAAUGGGUGGAAAUUAUGGCCCAUGGUAGCCCUUUUCAACUUUGUCUUUGUCCCCGUUCAUCGUAGGGUCAUUGUCGCAAGCAUCGUCGGUCUGUUUUGGGGCAUAUACCUCUCGCUCUUUGCGGCGCUGGAUUGAAUUGAAGUCGAGGAGGUAUACGUCUCGCUGAUUUAGAUUCAUUGGACGACUCAACAACCGACAUGUAUGGCGGGCUUGUUACAGGACUACACCACCUCAACAUCCCAACGCUUCGGUUUCUCUCAGCAUCUUCAACAUGACGAUUCCGGCUUCGGUUCCAACCAUGACCGUACAAGUACAUCGUUGUACUUGGUGGUCAUGUUUAGGCUCGACCGGCACAAAAAAGGAAAACGCCGACAGAGGGUUCGUCGAGAUAAUAACGGCCAGAGUGUGGUGGGAUAUGAUAGUGCGCCGUGCCCCCAGACCUCCUCAACGUCUCGACUCCAUGGUGUAUUCGGACCUCUACCAUUAGCUUGGGCCGAUUCUUGAUGCAAACGUACGAUUCUGGUCUGGUCAGAACCCUCAUCUCUGAGAAUGAACGGGUCGGAUGCGUACGACGAACCUCGGAGACUUCCUCGUACGGUGGCUCACGUCUCCGCUAGGCCAGCUUUCACCUCCCUCGGACAGCAAUAUACCGUAAAGGACGCGGAGGAAUAAUCCCAGGAGCACAGAAAGGACUUUGGCGAUCAGAUGGGUCAAAGAUGCAAAGAGCUUCGGGCGACAAUCCGGUUUGUCUCGCAAUGCCGCCGAAUUUUAGUGCCAGGAGAAAAACAUACCCCGAGCAUCAACCCCGGGUCUGCUGCCAUGUGCAAUGAGAAUUCGCACCGUCAGGCUCGGCAUCAGGCCACAUUUUGAGGGUUCUAUGCCACGGCAGAAACGAAUCGGCCCAGGCUGUCGGCUGACCUCAACUUCUGGUCCUUGCUAGGUAGUCAUUCGCGAACAUCGCGUAACAAGAUCAUAAUGGCCACAACCAAGACCACCAAUGUUGGACCUGACCGGUCACAAUACUGUGUGUAUGGAAGCCAUGGAAAACGGAAUCCUGAAGAGAUGAUCUUGCAU